AGCGAGCAGGCGAGGCGGAGAUGAAGGGGCGGAGAGCGGAGCGGUGAUGAAUUGGAAAGAUGACACGAGGCCCGGGAUGCGUAUAUUUUGCUGCGGCGGCGGCGGCGGCUGCAUGACUCCACGACGUCAGCAGCAGCCCCGGAGCCGCGGCGCGUCACGGUGGUCUCCCCCUCCAUCGUGCCGGGGUCUGCGGGAGUAGGGCUGCCACCGCCAGACGCCGAGCUCAGCGGGCAACUCACGGUCACAGCAGCGACGUGCGCGCUCGGUUGUUCCCGCGGCCGCGAACGAGAGGAACGUCUUCCCAGCACCGCGGGAGAAGAGAGGCGCCGCGCCGCGCCGGGCUCCGAGCUGGAUCGCGACCCGUCGCGUCUGCAAGCCGGCCAAGGUGAGCCCCGCAGCCCAGCCCCGAGGUAGCGGGAAAGGUGCCCAGGCGCGCCAUGGCGCCGCCGGAGAGCCGGCUGUAGCCGCCGUGAACGGAGGCUCCUGCCCGACGGCCCCCUCCGAGGAGAGCGCCCCGCCACUGCCGCCGCCAUGGACAAGGCCGGCUCCGUGCACGCGUCGGUGCCCACGCCGCCGCCGCGCCUCUACCUCCCGCGCAACUUCAGCUGCAGCGCCUGCCUCUACGGCAGCCUAGCCGACCAGUGCAAGGGGGGCUGCAGCCCGGAGCCCGAGCCCGUCGAGGGGCCGCUGUCGUCGUCGUCGUCUCCGCCGCCCUGCUCCUCGCCGCCGCCGCCCUCCCCGCCGGUGACCCCAGAGGCGGCGGCUGUCGCCCCCCCGAAGCCGCCCCCGCUGCCCGCCCCUCGCUCCCCGUCGCCGCCGACCUCUCCUCCGCCCGCCUCGCCCUCUUCCCGCGGCCGGGAGCCCACGCUGCCGUCGGUGCCUCCCAGCCCGACCCUCCGGCGCCGGGCCAAGUCUCUGCCCACGCCGGGCGAGCGGGGCUUACGGCCGGCGCUGCAGCAGAGCCCGUCCCGCCGCAAGACGGUGCGCUUCGCCGACUCGCUGGGCCUGGAGCUGAUCGCCGUGCGCCACUUCUGCCAGGCCGACGUGCCCCGGGUGCCGCCGGCGCCGCUGGCCGCCUCGCCUUUCCCGCUGCCGCCGCGCGCCGCCGACCUGCUCAAGACGCGCAAGCCGCCGUCGCUGGGCGAGCUGGAGCCGGUGCUCUUCGGGCCGCCGGCGCCCGUGCUGGAGCCCCUCUUCCCGCCGCAGCCGGGCGCCAGCGCGGGCUUCGCCGAGCGCGUCCGGCAGCACAAGGUGAGGCUGGAGUGGGUGCGCCCCGAGGCGUCGGGGCUGCGCGGCGCCGUGCGCGUCCUCAACGUGGCCUACGAGAAGCAAGUGUCGGUGCGCUACACGCUCAACCGCUGGGCCAGCUGCAACGAGGUGCCCGCCGCCUACCUGCCGCCGCCGCCCAACGGCCACAGCGACCGCUUCGCCUUCCACCUGCCCGUGGGCGCGGGCACCACGCUGCUGGAGUUCGCCGUGCGCUACCGCGUGGCCGACGCCGAGUACUGGGACAACAACGACGGCCACAACUACCGGCUGCGCGCCAGGCAGAGGCCGGCGGCCGCCUCGGGCCACGAGCCGGGCGCCGGCGCCUGGAUCCACUUCAUCUGAGGAAGGAGGCGCGCCGGCCGCCCCGCCGAGGUUCUCCGACGGCUCGAGGGGCCUCCUCUCCACCUUGCCGGAGAGCAGCAGGCUCCUUUCCCUCAACGGAUAUGGCGACACCCAGGAGAGUUUCUUUUAGGAUAGGGCGCAUGGUCAGACGUGAGGACCGAGGAGGAAAAUGACCCGUCGUUAAAGGCAGAGCCGUGGGGUGGCUCUUCUCUGUUACGCUCAUCUUUCCUUAUGGCCAGUGGAUGUGGAAAACAAGAGUCCAAAAGUCCCCUUUCCAAAUUAACCUCCAUUGGAUUGCAGAAUAGGUAAUAGCUUUGUUUGUUUGUGGCUCACUUUAUCCAUCUCCAACCACCUUUGAGUUGCCCUCCAACCAGCCUUGAUCAAAUCUCUCUUGGCAAGGAGGCUUGCAGUUCUAAUUAGAUAUUUAACGGGAGGUAAGCACCAUGACAACUCCAGCUUAGUACUCACGCAGAGCAAUCUCUGGGUAUAGUAACACCUAGUACUGCAAUGAAGGCAGGCAUGAUGGAAUGCUCCUGUAUUUAAAAUAAAUAAAUCUCUCCACCAUGAAAAUUGGCAUGUCAGAGAGACAUGCUAGUUUUCUGUGUGUAGGGAUUUUAAAAAGACACUCCCAUCAUAUGAGACAUUCCUGCAGUUUGAGGCUGUCCAGCCCAGACAUAGGUUAGCUUCCUCAGUGAGGAGUACAGUAGGUGACAUACAUUAGACCAUAAACGGAGAACUCACUGUAGAAACUCACUCACUGCAUUUUGCUUAAGUGUAGAAUCUUCUCCCAUAUCUGGAUCAGGGAGAACCAGCCUGCAACUUGCAGCAAGAGCUGGCUGUUCUCAGUACUGAUUGGCUGAAAGCUAAGUGACAUCACUAGCCCACAUUUCCCCUUUUCGCUGAAAUAGGUUUUCAGCAAGAAAAAGAAACAAAUCUGCUCCUCUUUUUAAAAAGAGGAAAGAGGGAGUGAAUAUACGUUUAAGCCAAUCAAUGUGCAAGCAGUGUCUUUCAAAAGAUGGCAGGUAGCCUGCCUGAAGCAGUGGGAAGGGCAAUGCAGAUUACUGAAUCAGUACAAUUGAUUUGUCUGCAUCUCGAAUGGGGGAGGAGGGGUGAGCCAGGCUCAAGCUG